CUGGCAACCCGGCGGAGCCUGGUCUAGGAAAAUAUUGCCCACAGCAGACUACUUGGCAGUGAAGACGGCUGGCGGUAGGAGCUGCGGUAACCCGUUACCAGAAUCUGCUGUGCAGUUUUCUUGCCAACACCAAAUUUGGAUCGACUCAGUGGAGAAACAGGAGGAAAUCCUGAAUCUUUGCCUAAAUGGUGAAGGCCUGAUCUGAUCCUCAUUCUUCCGACCUUCCUGCCAGAUAGUUAAAAGCCUCGCUGGCAUCUUUUGUAACAGGAAGAGCUCAAAGUGAAAGCUUCCAAACAAGGAACCCAUAUUCAAACAACAGCUUAAGCUUAUUUGAAGGGUUAUUACAGUCUAAAGAAGUUUACAAACCAAGCAUUUCCUGGACACCUCUGUGUGAGAACAUGGCAAAGAAGAACAGCCAGAGGGAUACGUCUGGAGUUGUGUUCGACACUCGCUCAAAAAUGGUGAUGUCCCAGGGUGGAACAGCUGAGAGGAUGAAGGAGAAGAUUAGUGCUGUCAGGGCGGUCGUCCCCAACAAAAGUAACAAUGAGAUCGUGCUGGUGUUGCAGCAUUUCGAGAACAGUGUGGACAAGGCUGUCCAGGCUUUCUUAGAAGGCAGCGCAGUCGAGAUCCUGAAGGAGUGGAAUGUCACCGGUAAAAAGAAGCCCAAGAAGAAAAAGAAGCCCAAGCCUCAGGCCGAGGCUUCAGCUGAGCCUGCCCCUCCUGAGGCAGCAUCACCAGAGGAAGGCAAAGAUGAGAUGAACGGCUUUCAUGCCAACGGAUCAGUAAUGGACGGGGAGUCUCUCGAUUCUCUGAGUGAGCAGUUGGACUCUGCCUCCUUGGAUGCUGCUGAGCUGGACUCUGAACUCGCCACAUCUGAAACCACCGGUCCAGAGGCAGAAAGUGUUGGUAGCGCUCCUAGUCCUGCCUUACCACAAGCAGGGAGGAAUCAUCAGGGUCCCAGAGGCAACAAGAACCGACACAGAGCGGGCUCAAAUUCACAGUCAUCUAGUUCAUCAUUAGCACUGACCCCUGAUGAGCAAGGAUCAUCAGGAGUCAAGAAGAUGGCUCCAAACAUUGACCGCUCUGUGAAGGACCUGCAGAGAUGCACUGCCUCACUGACUCGCUACAGGAUGGUGGUCAAGGAAGAGAUGGACUCCUCGAUCAAGAGGAUGAAGCAGACAUUUGCUGAGCUCCAGAGUUGUUUAAUGGACAGAGAAGUGACCCUACUGGGGGAAAUGGACAAAGUGAAAGCAGAGUCAUUGAUGAAUUUGGAUGCCCGGCAGAAGAGAGCAGAGGAGCUCAGACGGCUGACAGAUAAGUCUGGUUCAAUGUCAGAGGAGCAGUUGACUGAACUACGUGCAGACAUCAAGCACUUUGUGAGUGAGCGUAAAUAUGACGAAGACCUCGGAAAAGCUGCAAGAUUUACAUUUGAUCUUGAACCGCUAAAGGCGAGCAUCGCUGAGUUCGGAUCAGUUUACCAUCCGCGUACAGGCUACUCAAAUCGAUCUCGGUGCAGCUCUACGUCUUCUUCUGUCACUAGCCCCAGCCUCCUGGAAACUCCUCCUCCUCCUCCCGUGACCCAAACUGCCCCUAGUGAAAACCGCCCUCCACCAACCAAACAGAUUUUCCAAGGCAACAGGCGUACUUUCCAGGGUCAAGGCUAUCACUCAGGUGGUCAACGGUAUAACGGCGGCUCUUACCAUGACAGGAACCCUGGUCGUGGGAACCACCGCUACCAUGGUGACGGUGGCUCUUCUUCGCAUCAUUCUAACAACUCGAGAGGUCCCCCGCGCUCCUCUUCGUCCUCCUACAACCAAGACCGACCCUCUCAUAACGGGCUGCCCCAGAGGCCUCCGCGGACGCACUGCCCUUGACAUUGGAAAUGCUUGUCGUUUUCAAUCAAACCUGUCUACUUUCCCUUGCACUCCCCUCCCCGUCCCCCUCCCUCCCCACCACGCCCCCCCCCCCCCACCCACUAACUCCUUUCAAUGAAGAAUAGAAUACAAGUUUACAUAUUUCUGUCAGUUGAGCUGUAGUGCCACCUCUGCAUCGAUCCAUUCAUUCCUCCAACUUGAAAAGCUCUCACUGCUCUGUACUCGCUCUUCCUAUUACAUUUCUCCCAUCCUGGUUAAGGUAACAGCUUCUAUCUUUAGCCUCCUUUGAGAGAUCUCAUUGCUAUGCUAUAGUCAGUUCUCUGGCAUUAAUUUCUGCAGAGACUGACAGGACUACCUGCAACAACUUGUGCACUAUUGAAGUCGAGCUCUUAGUACUCUUUCUAUUUUUGCUGUGGCUUGUGUCAGCUCUCUGAUUUUGCACCUCCGUUUUUUUUCUUUUUGUCUCCCAGAACCAUUUCAAUGCCUUCACCGUGGAAAGUGAAGUGAAAGCGUAAAAGUAGUUCUAGCAUUAGCUGGGCAUUUCUGUCAUCAGGAGAGUAGACUUGCAAUCAACACUACAGACUAUCGUUAAUCUUUGUAGGGUAAAAAAAAGAAAAAAAAAAAGAAAAAAAAAAGAAGAAACAUAUCAAACUGUAAUCCAGAGAUUUUCAUAUGGCUGCUAAAAACUUAGGGAACUUGUUAAUGCUCAACAGACAAAGAAGUGUUUGAGGGUAACUGUGAACAGAGAGGGUGCUGUCUUAAAGGGAUAGUUCAACAUUUAGGAAUUAGCUUGUUUGCUUUAUUGGUGAGCAUUAGAUGAGAAAGUGGAUACCACUCUUAUGUCUGCACUGUCAGUUUGAAUUUGCAGCUGGUCACUUUUGUUUUGCAUGAACACUGCAGGAAUAAAGUAACUGGGAUGUAUGCAAGAUGACAAGAAGAAUGUUUUAUGCCAUGUAUUGAUGAUUUGAAAUGCUGAUAAUUGACUUGCUGUUUAUCAGCCUCAAAUAGUGACAGGUUUAUCUUGUGAAAAACUACAAAUUUUGAUUCAACAGCUAGUCAUGCUAAUGCUAAACCAAUAUGAUCAGCUGCUAGCUCUGGCGUAUUGUUUACAUUACAAAUAUAAGAGUGAUAUCAAUCUUUUCUUAACUCUCUGCAGGAGUGUUAACAAGCAGAUUCACCCAAAUGUCGCUCUAUGUCUUUAAUUGUUGCCUAAGUCAGAGAUGAAUUGCCCUUCCUCCCGCCAGCGGGACUAUCAUGUGUGUUGUUGUCCUCGGCUUGCUGUCCAUUCUUUUAUAACAAAGAGAGGGCUCAUUACCUUUUGUAGAAUAUUGUUCGAUGAUAUGUUAAAACUCACAACAAAGGAAAAUGUCCAACAUGCUGUGUCUUGACAUGUAUUCUGAUGGAUUUUCUUCCACUCACACCAUUUGUUCUUUGUGUUUUGUUGUUAUAUGCACAUGAAUGGCAUAUUAAUGACGUGCUUGCCUUUUAGUCACAGAGAGACUUCACAUUUGCCUUUCUAGAGACGUGGAUGUCCGCAUCAUGAUGGCUUUCUAAUCAGAUGGUACUUAUAGAGCAAGGCGUGCCGUUUAUAAAUAUAUGUGAGAAUAAAUGCAAGGUCUUUUCUUCCCCUUUUUAUAUUCUCACUUUACCCAAGAUGUGACAGUAAAAUAAUCAAGCUGAUGAAUGAAUUGGAAGGAUGAGUUGAUUUUCUGAUCUUUUUCUCUAUGGCUGCCAAGUAGACGCUUCAUGGUUGUUUGUAGGGGUUAAGUCUCUUUUUUUUUUUUUUAGUUUGUGAACUAAAAGCUGGUGAAUACCUCAUUGGCGAUAUUUCACACGGCCUGUUUUCUUACAGUGGGCUCGUAUAAAGGGACAGAGACCCCUGGGGAUUCCUUAUCUUGUAGUUAUGUACAUACAGUUUGUGGAGCUGCAAGGCUGUGGUGUGAAACUGGUUGUUACAUUAUUGCUGCAUCUUCAUAUUGUGUUGUCUUCCUUGGAGCAGACUUUUGGUGAAUUUAAAAUAUUACGUUUUCUCUCAGUCCCCUUUUUUGUUUCCUUGUAGGUUUUCUGAUUACUUUGGGAGAUUGUUCUUACUAUUAGAGAUUAAAAUAUAAUCAUUACUCCAGUAAUUAUAUUACUGAAUUUUGUGGAGAAAAGGGCACCAUCUAGUUUGCUGUCUUUGAUAAAUAUGUGCUGUAAUGACAAAAAGUGUUUAGUCUUUGACUGAAAGAAAUGGUUUAACAUUUUGGGAAAUACUCCAUUUACCUUUUUACUCUGAAAAAAACUCAAAUGUAGAAUAAGUGUUAUUUUACCUCUUCUAUCAAUUGUAGGCUGGUCUCAUUGUUGCUGAAGAUUUUAGCUCUUUAUUAUUAAGGCACAUAAUGCAAACAGAGAGAAACAAAAGAGAAAAAAAUAUGGUGUAUCUUGAGACAAUACUGUUCUGUCUUUGAAGGAUAAAACAUUAUUUUUCAGAAGUAAACGUACGUAUCCCAGAUGUUGAAGAGCUGAGACGUCGGACGUAAUACGUAGACAGCCUGAAAAUGAGCCAAAAAACAAGGGGAAUGUAUGUUUCAUGUCCCAGUAAAAUGACCAAAAGCAAACUAAAAUUUCAUUUAAUGCACUACAACUCGUUUCUUAUCACGGUAGUUUAUUUUAACGUUGGACUCUCGACCAUUAAUCUUUAUUUGCCGGCCCCAUUUAGAACACAGACAAAAAAGGAGAAAAAAACUCGGAACGCAGACAAGCGAACAGUACAAUACCAUACUACCGUAAUUACACUCAACAUUUGCGCGUUUCAGCCUUAGUAUCAGAUGUUUAAGAGCAGUUGACGGUCGACGUAACUCAAACAGAAGCUAGGGACAGGGGGAAAUGUCUGGUUCACGUCUCAGUCAGAUAAAAUACCUACCAACAGCAACCUAAAAAAAAACAAGAAUAUGUUGUAUGUCUUGACAAUAGUUUUAGUGUUUGACUCUUGACUGUUGUGUCAUUCGCAGACAUUGCCAAGCUAACUACCGUAAUUACAUUUAAGCUGCGCCUUUCACGAUUUCCGCGUUAACGUCUCAUGUAUACAAUUAUUUAAAGAAGCAUCUUUUUUGUUCUCUGCUUAGUUUUACGCUGGCAGUACACUUGAGUCCAGUCUUAAUGCUAAACUCUUUAGCUUUCUGUCUCCUUUGCUACAUCUCACCAGAAAUGUGGAAAACGUAUUUCCAAAACUGUUAAACUAUUCCCAAAGUCCGUUUUCGAGGUGGUGUCAAAUAUUAUGAAGUCACAGAGAGAUGCAAUGACUGACAUUGAAGAUAUUGUACCAAACUUUCUUCCUCAUGUUGAUAUUUUCUGCUGAUAGCAGGCCGCAGUUUCCAAGUAGCAGAUGAUGGACAGAUGAAAAAACAAACUAGCUUUUAUUCCAGCUUUCUUUGACGUUGGACUCGUUCAGUCAACAAUCAAAGAGAGAUUUUGUCUCACUUUAACCACUUUUUAUGUUUGUUUUACAUUCCAAACUUUAGGAGUUUUAGUUUAUCGCCAAAGAAAUGAUUUUGUCCCGUAAGUUGUUGCCUUUUUCUUCCUUUUUUUUUCCAACCUGUAAAGAUGUUCCAAAGGGGAUAAAUCCAACACUUCACCUUCUCUGCUUCUUACUCCCAACCCUCUUUAAUUUCCCAUUUCCUGUAUAUACAUAUAUGUAGCUAUAUAAUUUUGUGCUCACAUGGGGCAUUUUGUAUGUGAUAUUCAUAUUAGGCAUAAAGGAGGUUAAACAUUUAGUUUGUUCAUUCUUUCAGUAAUCUAUAUGUCCUUUCUCUCAAGACAACCUUUCUGAGACAACUGUAAACUCAAGUGCCUUUUCUCGUCUCCCACUGAUUCUUCAACACCCCCUUCCACCAGAAUAUGGACCAAAGACAUCAACCGUCCCAAACAACCCUCUCCUCUCUUUCUCCCAUUCACUGAAUUGCACACUUUUCAUUUACUACAAAUAAACAGUUUGCAAUA